AUGAGCCAGACACUUCCACCCGCCAAGUUCAAGAGGACUACUUCUUCUCCAUCUCUCCCACAAGAUAGCACAACAAUGGACAGAAGCAACUAUACGCCCCACGAUUGCUAUAGCGAAUACCAAGAACGUACCCAAGCACAAGAGCAAGCCGUCAAACCAUCGCUAUUGAACUUCGACCCCUUGAGCCAACUCCCACCAUGGCUGGUGCAUCCCGAAAGAUUGAGCAAUGACGCUAUCUACUACUCCAACAGCUCGCCCUGGUAUCAAAUACAACUGCAAAAUGCUAGACGCAAUCCCAAUUCACCAAUUUACUCACAGCAGAGCUCGCCGACAUUCCGUAGCGAGGGAGAGGAGGAGGAGCAUCACGAGGAAUCAAAGUUUAUGGCUAAGGAAGGAGUCCAAUCUUCUAACGCAAAAGAUGAAGGAGGUUUUGAGAAUGAACCAGAAGCCAAAAAUGGCGAGGAAGACGGAAAUGUAGAGAGCGACGAGGAAUGGCAACACGAAUCACUUUACCAUAGCGGAAGCACUAUCAAGGCCCACACCAAGGAAGCAGGAUCAUGGCUGGCAACCUCGUUGGAACUCUUGAAUCUUUCAAGGAAGACAGACGAGAAGCUACAUACCAAGUCUCCUGGAGCCGAAGAGGGAAAAGAGGGAAAUGCAGAAAGGGGAAACCGUCUUUAUGAGAGGUGGAAUCCCGGAGCACACGAAGGGAAACUUCGCAAGAGUCAAAUUGACGAAACACUGCUUUAUGAAAAGGUUCGGAAGAGCCGCAGAAGCACAUUCACACCCAUAUAGAGACUCAGCAAAUCCCAGGAAGAGAUUGCAGAAGGGAAGAGGGGAGAAGAGAAGAAGAUUCCCGGAACACCUCCAACAGAACAUCGACUAUAA